UGUAGACUAACAACAGCUCAUCUGACAGACGAAAGGAUCACAGAGACACUGAACUUGAAUCAAGGACAUUAUCCCCAUUGUGCUGUACAACCUAGCCUAAGCUGCCUGCAGUCCCAGUCUACUGCCCAGUGUGAGCAGCCUCCAUGGCGGACAGUUUCCAGGCUAUGGCGGCCCUGCUGCUGCAGGGACUGAAAGAUGCAGGAGCCGGAGUCUUCAUGGCUUACAGGGUGGACCAGGCAGCUGUGGAGCUGGAGAAGCGGAGACGGGAGGAGCUUCAGCACCAGCAGCAGACCAUCCUCGCCAAGCGGCGCGCCCAGCGCAUGCCGGAGGUCGUCCGACAGGACCGCCCGCGCAUCCUACACCGCAUCGUGCUGUGCUGCAGCUGGAACGCAGGUGUCUUCUGGCUCAGCAUCCUCAUCUUCUGGGAGGCGGUCCUACCGGCGCUGCGCUUCGUCACCGAGAACAUCUUCGGUGGCUCCCCGACCCACGGGCUGGUCUGGACGUGGAUCACGUUCUUCCUGUCGGCCAUCAUCUACCCCCUGUGGAUCGUUCCGCUCUUCUUACUCAGCAAGGUGGUGAACAGCCUCUGGUUCCAGGACAUCGCGGAUGCUGCGUACCGCAAGUCUCAUGGCCGGCCGGUUUACGCGCGAAAGAUCAGCCUGGGUAAGAUGAUCGCGGACCUGCUGUUCAGCGUGCUGAUGCAGUCACUGUUCCUCAUUCAGACCGAGGCUGUCAAGCUGAUCCCGAUCGCCGGGGUCGGCCAGGCCGCCAGCUUCGUACACUUGUCCCUCCUGUGUUCGCUGUACUCGUUCGAGUACAAGUGGUUCAACAUGGGGUGGGAGGUGCAGAAACGCGUCACGUACGUGGAGAACAAUUGGCUGUACUUCCUGGGGUUCGGGUUGCCUCUUGCCCUGCUGACGUCUUUACCGUCGUCCUUCCUAAUCAGCGGGUGUGUCUUCUCCAUCCUCUUCCCUCUCUUCAUCAUCGGAGGAAACGAGGCGAAACCGCCGACGCAGCAGUUUAGCUAUCCUCUCAGACUCUUCACCAUAGUCACAGUCAUUAGUAACAAAGUGUUCAAUGCGACUGUAGGUUACCGUAGUGUUGCAACAUCAGCCAAGCCCUCACCAAAACCCGAGAGGAAAGAAACGUCCUAAUGCUGGGUGAGAUGCCAGUAGCGUGUGUAAAUAAGCGUAGCUUGCAGAGAUUUAGAUGUGAUGAAAUAUGCUUGUAUUUUCUACAUGCAGUUGUUACCAUGUGGGCCAGGGUUAAACAAGUUUCAAGAAAAAUUCACUUGCUCUGUAGGGUAUGAGCAUUAAAAAAAUCUGCUGGCCUGAACCAACUUUUCACUGGCCUGAAAUUUAAAUGUUACGUGACCUAUUUCUCUUCAAUUUUACUUGCAGCAAGGAAAUCCUUGUUUUCAGUAAUAUAAGAUACCAAUGCUGGUAUCUAUUCAUGAAAAUGGAAAAAUAGUACUGGCCAAAUCAGGCAAGUACUUGUAAGGUUGGAAAUGCAUUUGCCUGAAUGGCACUUGUACAGUCCCCAGGCAUUUGAGCUACUGUAAUAGACUUGUCCAACCCUG